UCUGGCCUGCUAAAACAACUAAACAAGCAUGAGCCAAACAAAGCCUUAGAUUUAAUACACUAGCACUACAGAUGUUGUACUAAGCACUAAUAUAGUUGUACCUUGAAACUGAAAGUGACAGUAACUAACAAAUAGUAUUUGUCAGUUUCUCUUUUGUCUUGUUUCUAUUCCCUCCUUUUCUCUCCAUUUGCUGCCUAGUGUAACCUUCACCAAUUGUCUCUCUUUCUUUUUUUCCUUUUCUUUUGUUGUUUCCUUUGUUUUCAUUUCUAUCCAAUAUGGCCUUUGAGUUUUUAUAUCAUGAGCAUCUCAGUUUUUUUGGCUUCUUUCUAGGAAAAUUCUAUACCUUUUUGUUUGUUUUCCUUAAUCCAACAUGCAAAUUAGGAAAAUAAAAGAAAAUCAGUGAUUCUUGGUGGGUUUUAUGUGUUUUUGUUGUUUGGUUUAUGGGGUCUCUUGAUGGAACAUAAAACAAGCUAAAAGGUACUUCCUUUUUCACUAUUGCUCAAUAAGGUUUGCUCAUAUUUGUGUUUCUUGAUCAUGUUCUUGGUAGGUUUUAUGUGUUUUUGUUGUUUGGUCUAUGGGGUCUCUUGUUGGAACAUAAAACAAGCUGAAAGGAGAGUUGAUAUUCUAAUCUGAGUGAACAUGGCCAUGUCACUGGAGGACCUCCUUGCAAAAGAAGGAUUCAAUAGGCGGAUGUCAAAAACAAUGCCUAGAACUUCAUUGGGAACAAAAGCAAGAAGCGGACCUAUUUACCGACUUCAAGAACCUCAUACAAAUGUUGCUUCGUCAAGCACAAAAAAGACAGAGAGAAGAAAAUCUGAUAUACCCUGGCAUGACUUAAAAGAUGGAAGGUCAAAGAAGGAAAGUAAGCAUAGAAUGGGCUCUUCCGAUCUACCGUCGGAUGUUAAGAGACUAAGCAUUAGUUCUUUUGAUGAGUUUCUAUCUGCUAAUGCUUCUCAAAACAGUGAGAUAGUUGAGGUUGGGGAGCGAAAUGACUCAAGAUACAAUCGUAUAUACUCAAAUCGAACUUACAGAAGGGAGAGCGGUGAAGGCGGGUCUUCUAACAGAACUGAUGAGGUAGCAAAAGCAAAACGACAAUCCUUUGGAAAACAUGCACAAGAAACAACAAAAUGUCUCAAUAAUUCUAGUGAAGUAAUUUCAGGACAUCCAAGCUUUAGAGAUAAUUAUCAGAAACAUAUGGAACAGCCCGAGACCUCACACAGCAGAUCAACUAGAAGUUCGCUAACCAACAAGAAGUAUGAUGAGACUACAGCUAUUCCUGCUCUUGAUGAAGUUGCUAUUCAGGCAGUAAUCUCUAUCUUCAGCGGGCAUAUAAACCGUUUCCUCCUAGACGAGGAUUUUAGGACAUCGCUUCGUCACAAUAGUUUCGCUUCCUUAAAUUUUGUUGGAUUUGAAGAAGGCUUGAAUACUGAAAGCAAGAUCAUAGCCACUCUUGAACAAGCUAUAGAAACAGUAGAAAGAGCAGCAGAGGAUUGUGCAAAUGAAAAAGAGCUUAAGAAAGCCUCAGUGCAGCUUAGUGUAAUAACAGGAUUGAAUUCGAACGAAUUACGAGAUCGAUUUACGUCUGGAAUUCCCAAUUCUAAAUUGGCAGCUUGUGCUCAUUUGUACCUCAGUGUCAUAUAUAAGAUACAGAAGAAGGACUGUAUCGCUGCAAAGCACUUACUGCAAGUUUUCUCUGAUUCGCCCUUUCAGGCAAGGACUAAUUUGUUGCCGGAUUUGUGGAAUCACAUAUUUCUUCCUCAUCUUUCGCAUUUGAAGGUCUGGUAUAAUUCGGAAGCUAAUUUUCUCGGUGAUCGACAUAAUAAGCCGAGGACACUGAAGCUUGUUGAGAAAUUGUACAAUGAAAAUCUGGACAAUGGGACUUAUCAGUUUGCACUUUACUACAAGGAAUGGCUAACUGAUGGAGCUGAGAUUCCUUUAGUUCCUUCAAUUCAAAUUCCUUCUAUAUCUGUUCAGCAUGAAGUUUCCUUUAGCAACUCUUGCCACUUAAAUAGUGGCGUUGGAGGUUUCUCACCUCAGCCGGUGGUCAGCAAAAAGUUGUAUGAUGAAGUAUUCCGUCAUUCACAUAAACUAGGAACGGAAUCAGAAGAGAGCCAGGAAGAAUGCUGUGAAAUUAGUAAGAGGAGGCCCACUAGUUUUGCUGCCGAAAAUAUGGCAGCAUUGACAUACUCUGCUGAAGUGAUUAAGUGUAUAGAUCAAGAUAUUGGGUCUGGUGCUACAGUUGAUUCAUAUGGUGCAUCAACCGCUCAGGAUGCAGCGGGGGUAUUUGGAGCGAAUUCUCCAGAAGAAAAAAUUUUCAUGGAAAUAUUUGGAAACUCUGAUAUGAAGGAAACAUCUCCACUAAAGUCCAACACGCCGGAUUCAUUUGCACCUGCAAAUCUGACCGAAUUCAUAUUCAACAGGAUAACAAAAGCAGCUUCUGAGCAGGAGACCGAGGAGGUAGUGCUUCCUGCUCAAGGAGUCGAUUAUGAAGAUUAUGUCGAAAGACCUUCCAUAAACAUCCCACAAGAAUUUAUCUGCCCUUUGACUGGACUUUUUUUUGAAGAUCCAGUUACCCUAGAGACUGGCCAAACCUUUGAGAGAGCAUCUAUUAUAAGCUGGUUGCUGAAAGGAAAUAGAACAUGCCCCGUAACACGAAGAUUGUUAGAAUGUCAACGCGUGCCCCAUACUAACUUUAUUUUGAAGCGCGUCAUCAACAAUUGGAAGUCAGAACAUUGGAGGCAUCUUCUGGAUUAUUUCUCUAAGGUUACCGGUAAUUCAGGGGGACACGGUUGGUUAAAGAACGAAACAGCUGUUUCCAUAUUGGAACAUCUUAUUAUUGCUUUAACUCAGGAUGAAAGAAGGGUAACUCUAGAGCAGCUUAUAUCCGUGGGAAGCUUACAGUUUCUCAUCCAGAGAUUUAACUGUGGAAACGCUAGCGAGAAGAUACGUGUUUCCGGGUUAUUUUGCUCUUGCAUUGUGGCUGAUACCAAUUGCAGAAAUGUAGUAGCCAGAAAUGUUGAUAAGAUGUGGCUGCUUAAUCUUCUUCAGAAAGAAGAGUUGGAAUCGAGAAGAAACGCCUUUUUACUCCUGACUGAACUCAUUUGCCUUAACAGGAGAAAAGAUGCAAAGUUCUUCCUAAAAGGCCUUCACAAAGACAACAUUGUCAAAGCGAUGCACGAUUUGCUGAUGUAUCUCCAGGACUGUCCAUGUGAACAGAGAAUCAUGGUUGCUGUGCUGCUCUUGAACUUUGAUCUUCUAGCAGACACAGAUAUGCCCAACACAUACAGAGAUGAUGCGGUUGAUGCUAUGACUAUGGCCUUAGAAAGCAGCUUAUCAGAUGAAAGGAGCAGAGAAAUAUGUUGCAAAGCACUACUUAUUCUGGGAGGGCAUUUUUCGUUCUCCGGUAAGAUUAUGACAGAGGAUUGGAUCCUAACGCAAGCUGGUUUUCUUGAAGGUUGUGGAGCGGAAUAUCCGGACGAGAAAGAGAACAAUGUGCUGGUUGAUGCAACCGUUAUGAUGAUGGAGGAUGAAGAAGAAGAGGCCAGGGAAAAAUGGUUGUUAAAUGCAUCAGCAUUACUUAUUGGUAGUGGAAAGAAGUCAUUUGUGGAGGCUCUCUCAAAGUGUUUAGGUUCAGGAAACUUGGAAAUGGUCCGAAUCUGUCUAACAACAGUCGCGUGGUUGAGCUCAGCGGUUGCUUCAAUGAACGACUCAGAGUUUGAAAUAUCUGCAUUUUUAGCUAUUAUCAAUCAGCUGAUAGAAUGCUUACAACAUGGUGAUCUGGUUGAACAUAAGGUUUUAGCUUCAAUGUCUCUGCUUAACUUCAGCAAAAUUCAAGGAUCUUACUAAUGAUGAUAGCAGAAGAUUUUGUUGGUCCUCUAGAAAGCCUUGUUGAAGUUACAUGGACAGCAAAAGAGCUUUAUGCCAUCAUUUCCAGUUGCUAGAGGUGGAUUUUAAACUUUGGUUGCC